ACACCGACAGACCUCAGGAAAGAGCCCCGACACCGCGAGAAAAGCCAUGAAGAUGCUGGCGUUGCCUCUGCUCAUCACCAUUUUGCACAGUCCUGUCAGUUUAUCAGUGACAGUAAGCAGCAGUAAACCCAAAGUGGAGGUUCACGAGCACACUGACGCUGUGCUGUCCUGUGAGUUUAAGACAGAGAAAGAUCAGAACCCUCGAAUCGAGUGGAAGAAGAAAGGAAAGGGGGUGACUUUUGUUUACUUUAAUCACAAAUUCACUGGGCCUUACGCUGGACGGGCUAAGAUAGAGGGAGCGACGCUGACGAUACACUCCGUCACUCAGAAAGAUUCAGGGGAGUACCGCUGUGAGGUGACAGCCAGCGAGGAUCACGUCAACCUCGGAGAGGCCACUGUGACACUUAAUGUUCUUGUGCCGCCUCAUGUCCCUUCCUGUAACGUGCCAAGCUCCGUGUUUGUCGGGUCAGGCCUGGAGCUUCUCUGUAAGGACAAACUGAGUGUGCCUCCUGCUACCUACCGCUGGUACAAAGACAACAAGGCACUAACAGCCACGGGAGAGACUCCUUACAGCAUUGACACAAACAAGGGCACACUGAAGUUUAAAAGUGUGUCCAAGAUGGAUGCAGGGAUGUAUCGCUGUGAGUCCUCCAACAGUGUGGGGGCACCCAAGAGCUGUGUGGCCCAACAACUCAAAGUUGUUGAUUAUCCUUUGAAUAUGACGAUUUUAAUAGCAGGUGCUGCAGGUUUGGCAGCGUUCAUGCUUUUCUGCUGCAUCUGUGUGUGUGUCUGCCGACGCCGAGGCUGCUGCAAAAAGAGCAAGAAAACAAAAAGCACCAAGUCCUACAACCCUCCUCCUCCUCCCACCCGCAACCUCAAGCACUACAAACAGACUCAGUCCUUCAUGAUCUGAGGGCGAAGCCUUCUUCCUCUUUGACAUCAAACCAUCCAAAAAACUAAAGUAACUCCAGUUGCUGCUCAAAACACCGGGAGGUUGUUCGACUGUCGCCGCGCUUUUGGUUGGCUGCUCGAUGCCGUCUGGGAUGGAGAUGAAGAUCGAGGCCUCUUGAAACAUCAAGCAAAAGCAAAGACGUAAAAUAUUUAGCAACAAGUUUGCUGCUUUGUAAAUAAAAUUACGCACUGACAGUUUAAAAGUAGCUCAAGCUCACGUCAAAAUGUAUGACUUUACCACUUUAUCAAAUGCUGUGUAACUGUUUUCAUGAUGUUCUUUGUCUUCAGUGUUUCAAAACACUUCUAAAAUCGGUUUUCCACCUUUACUUGGAGAACGUUUUGGCUCUUUAGUCCCACCUACUGGUCGGGAACUAACCACCCACAGUAUUACUGCAUACACUAAACCAUGGAUCGAAUCCUUCUUCCUGGUUUCACUUAAUAUUACAUAUAGAGAUACUAUUUUAUAUGUCGUUAUCUUUCUCUUCGUGUUUUUACAUAUUUUUCUAAACCUAUUUGUAAGCCGAUCUCUUCUGUAUUUUUAUAUCUUUGGUUGUAUUUGCUUAAAUUCUGAUCAUGUAAAUUGAGUGAGAGAUGAACAGGUGUCUGCACACACUGAAUGACGUUUUGGAAGCUUUG